UGCUAUUUUUUUUUUUCUUUAACCACUGACGUACACGGAUGCAUAAAACUUUUGUUCUAGCUGAUGGGCAUGUUUAUUUUCGCUUCGAAUUCCGAUUUUUUUUUAAUGUUUUAGGUUGAUUUGAUUUUGCACCGCUCGUAUCAAACAGAAUCUGUGAUGUUAGAUCAACGAGUGGAACGUUUAUCAUGUUCAAAUGGAUAGAGAUAAAUUAUCUGAGCAUUAAAUGAUUCGAUAUCAUUUCCUAUUUCGCAAGUGGUGGUCUCAGCGGAAUAGCGUUUUGGUUUUUGUAUCUCAGAGGGCGAAAGGAAGGUUUUGGAGUUUCAAUGGCGCGCGAAUUUGGAGGAAUAUGCGCGGGUUUUCGGUCAAUGGCGAUGACGAUGUUCAACUUUGCCAUAGCGUUGGCUAUGGUUUCCGCUGAGAGAAAAAUGAAGCUCGAAACGGCGAGGUUGGACGGAGAUGGAGGUUCCGAUGAUUUGAAUCUGAUCCGAGGAGCUUUGAAUUUCUUGUGGCAAUCGGACAGAACGGGGUAUCAUCACGUUUGGCCUGAAAUGGAAUUUGGGUGGCAGAUUGUAUUGGGUUCUGUUAUUGGAUUUCUGGGUGCUGCAUUUGGGAGUGUAGGAGGCGUUGGUGGUGGGGGAAUUUAUGUUCCUAUGCUUAGUCUAAUCAUUGGGUUCGAUCCGAAGUCAUCGACAGCUAUAUCAAAAUGUAUGAUUAUGGGAGCAUCAGUAUCAACCGUCUACUAUAAUCUUAAGCUAAGACAUCCAACACUUGAUCUUCCUAUCAUUGACUAUGAUUUGGUGCUGCUUAUCAUGCCUAUGCUCAUGCUGGGCAUCAGCAUUGGGGUAGUUUUCAAUGUCAUAUUUGCUGAUUGGAUGGUCACUGUCCUCCUCAUCGUUCUCUUCUUAGCUACAUCCACGAAAUCGUUUCUUAAGGGAGUUGAAACUUGGAAGAAAGAAACUAUAAUGAAAACGGAGGCUGCUAGGCGUGCUGAAUCAAAUGAUCUUCAAGCCAAUACAGCAUAUGCUCCUCUUCCUAGUGGCCCGAGCCAACGGCCCGAAUUGGACCUUGAUCGAGAGGUUCCAAUGCUGAAGAAUGUGUACUGGAAAGAAAUGGGACUUUUUGUAUUAGUUUGGGUUGCUUUCCUAGCGAUCCAAAUUAUCAAGAAGCAUUCACCCAAUUGUUCAUGGGAAUACUGGCUACUCAACUUACUGCAGAUGCCAAUUGCCUUUGGUGCAUCUGGCUAUGAGGCAGUUAGCUUGUACAAAGGACGGAGAAAAAUUGCUUCUCUGGGAAAUCAGAAGACUAACUUUCAAGUUUCCCAGCUUGUUCUAUAUUGCUUCUUGGGCAUAGUGGCCGGAGUUGUUGGCGGCCUUCUUGGCCUUGGUGGAGGAUUUAUAAUGGGACCCCUGUUUUUGGAGCUCGGCAUUCCCCCGCAGGUAUCGAGUGCUUCAGCAACCUUUGGAAUGACAUUCUCUUCGUCCAUGUCCGUUAUACAAUACUAUCUACUAAACCGUUUUCCCGUUCCUUAUGCUGUUUACUUCACCAUUGUGGCCGCAAUAGCUGCAUUUGUUGGACAACACGUAAUAAGAAAACUGAUCAACUUGAUUGGAAGAGCAUCCUUAAUUAUCUUCAUCUUGUCCUUCACAAUAUUCGUCAGUGCAAUUUCUCUAGGUGGCGUUGGAAUCUCGAAGACGAUUGGACAAAUUCAGCGUCACGAAUACAUGGGCUUCGAGAAUUUGUGCAAAUACGACGCAUAAGGUUUGGCCUUUCGGGAAAAAGUAAUAUGAUUUACUUAAUGUUUUCAGGUUCUUAUGAUUAUUUUGGAAUUUUAGUCUCUUAAAUUUGAUGGCUAAGAUGAUAAAUUUUAUUGAUUCGCAUCGAUUAUAGGAUUGUUUUAUGGGCUGAAGAGCCUAGACGUGUUUAGUAAAGCUCGAGAAAAGGUGAGCUUCACGUUUCUGUGCACUUGGGUGUGCUCGAAUGUAGAUUUUAUAUAUGGAAUUGUGGAAUUUAUUUAAUACGCUUUUAUUUGA